CUCCACAGAGCGGUGCUCCGAGCCGGGAACCGGCUGUACCAUCGCCCUGCGGCUUCAUCCCCAGUAAAGCUGGUCCGGUCUCCCCAGUGCCUCCCUCCUGCUGCCGGGGUGGUGCAGUCUCCCGGUCCGGGAAGUGUGUGCGUGUCAUGAUAACACCAGUGGUGCGAUGCACCAGUGCCGAAGACACGGUUGUGUGGGGUCAGGGCAAUGGUCCAUCUAGCCCAGUACUCCAUUUCUGUUAGCAGCCAGUGCCAGAGGCUUCCGAGCAAAUGAACAGAACAGGCCGUCCACUCUCAUCCAGUCCCGACAUCUAGCAAUGAGGGGCUUAGAGACACCUGGAACAUGGGGUAGUGUCCCUGCCAACUGAAGGACCUAUCCAUCGUCCAUUAAUUUAUCUCCUUUUUUUUAAUAGUGUUAUAUCUUCGGCCUUCACAACAUUCCCCUGGCAACGAGAUCCACAGAUGUGCAAUGUUAAAGAAUUUCCCAUCUGAUCUUGUAUGCAGACGUAUACCUUCAGUACUAGAUGAGAAAGCAUGACAAAGCAGCAGAGAAAAGAACAUAGGCAUCAGAAAUGGAUAUUCUGUGCACACAAAACAAGCUAAUCCGUCUCACUGAAGCUUGCCACAGUACCGAGGGAGAAAACAAGUCAAAUUGCAAAAGCUGGAUCCCGCUUCCCCAUCCAGACUGAGUCUAAAUGAGAACGUCGCAUGAUGCUACAGAGUUUGCUCUCCCCCACUCUGGGCCAUGGGGAAGUUCCAUAGACCACCGUUUCUCAAAUGCGGCCACCGUGGCCGCAUGCGGCCAUCAGGGGGUUUCCCUACGGCCACAGCAGUUUCCUGGGCAGUGGGGAGGGGGAGCAUCAGCCCCUCCCCUUCCUCACUGUUGCUUCUGCAUGUGCGGCCUCUCUGGAGACACAGGUGGGACACACAGAUCUGCUACCUCUCUUUAUUCAGAGACAUAUGUGCAGACUUUACUGACAACAGUUAAUAUAAUGAGGCUGCACAGUUAUCAAGGGCAGAAUGUGGCCUGCAGAAUCUUUAUUACUGAUGGUGAUGUGUGAACCAGAGUGAGCUGAGCUUGCCGUUCAGAUCAAAGGCUGAGUUUGCCAGGUGGUGAACUGUAGCAGAUGGAAGUGAGGGAGGGCAAAGCUAUCUCCUUUUAAGAGUAGCUCUUCCUCUCAUAUACAGCCUGGCCAGAGCUAAGGGAGUCUGAGUGUUAGAUGACUUCAAAGACUGAUGAAUAAUUGCUUUCUGUUUAUGUCCAAGACACUAUUUUUCUUUGAAAAGUGCCAGCACAGCCAGACAUAUAUCUGCCUCUGCUUAUGUCCCAAAAGGGGAAGGCACAAGGUAUUCUCUUUGGCAGCUUUUGCUUCCUAUUACCAAACACUUUGUGGCACUCUCUUUGUGGAAGCCCGGGACUGAAGCAGGUUGCAAGCAUGAGUUAAUUUCUGCCUUAAUGAAAAAUCACAGGGUGACCUGCUUCUAAGUUCCUUCUGAGUCAUGCAGAGUUAAACUAACCCCUCCCACAGCCAUGGACCGUUAAAUAGCUCUGUUUCACAUGCACCUCUCGCUAAGCAGCUCAGAGCCAGCAGAGGCUGAGAAAGGAGGGGAGAGAACACUGGCACUGAUGGACGAGCCAAAGGGUACCAAACCAAGGACAUCCUGGCCUAGAAAGGCCCUGCUCAUCCUGGGGUUCCUCUUUGCUUUGGCUGCGAUUGCCUUAGUCGCGAUGGCAGUGAGUCAGAACAAGCCACUCCCAAAGAAUAUUAAGUACGGGAUUGUGCUGGAUGCUGGUUCGUCUCACACUAACUUGUACGUGUAUAAGUGGCCAGCGGAGAAGGAGAAUGACACUGGGGUGGUGCACCAGGUGGAAGUGUGUAAAGUAGAAGGUCUGGGGAUCUCGGGUUACUCCCAGGACACAGAGAAAGCUGGCCUCUCCCUCCAGCACUGCAUGAAAAGAGCUCAGGAAGUGGUUCCAGAACAGCAGCACAGAGAGACCCCUGUCUACCUUGGGGCUACAGCUGGAAUGCGGCUGCUCAGCUUGCAGAACAGAAGUAUAGCUGACAGGGUCCUCUCUGCGGUGGAGAAGACGUUGCGCUCAUCCCCCUUCAACUUCCAGGGUGCCAGAGUCAUCAGUGGUCAGGAAGAAGGAGCCUAUGGCUGGAUCACCAUUAAUUAUCUGUUGGGCAACUUCAAGCAGCCUGGCUGGCUGAACUUUCUGCCUCACCUGAGAUCUAGCAGAGGGACAUCAGGGGCCCUGGACCUUGGCGGAGCCUCCACCCAAAUCACCUUUGUACCGGACCAAGAGCCGAUUGAAUCUCAGGAGAACUCACUGCACUUUCGUCUCUAUGGCAAGAACUACAACGUGUAUACGCACAGCUUCUUGUGCUAUGGGAAGGACCAGGCUCUGCGCCUGAAGCUGGCCAGUGACCUACAGAGCACACAGAAUGGCAGCCUCCUGGAUCCCUGCUUUCACCCAGGAUAUUUGAGGAUUAUGAAUAUAAGUGACCUCUACACGAACCCCUGUAUAGCUAAUGGUGAGCAGCAGCUUCCAUUCCCACAGCUUCACCUCCAGGGGAAAGGGGAUUACCAAAGGUGCCGAAUGACCAUCCAGAAGAUCUUCAACACUAGCCAUUGCCCUUACUCCAGCUGCUCCUUCAAUGGGAUUUUCCUGCCUCCGUUACAAGGGGAGUUUGGGGCAUUUUCUGCUUUCUACUUUGUGAUGAACUUUUUAAACCUGACAACAGAGAAGAGCCCAGUCCCUCUGAAGAAAGUGACAAGCACUGUGGAAAGAUUCUGCUCCAGACCUUGGCACGAAGUAAAGGCAGAAUUUCCCAAUAUAAAAGAGAAGUACCUGAGUGAAUAUUGUUUCUCCGGGACCUACAUCCUCUCCCUCCUUGAGAAUGGCUAUGGAUUCACCAUGGAGAAAUGGCAAAGCAUCCAGUUCCUUGGAAAGAUUGGCAGCAGUGACGCAGGCUGGACUCUGGGCUACAUGCUGAACCUGACAAACAUGAUCCCCGCAGAGAAGCCCCCGACGCGCCCUCUCUCCCAUGCCAGUUAUGUGGGGCUCAUGGUGUUCUGCUCUCUCGUGUUGGUGGCUGUGCUCCUGCUUAGCUGGCUUACCUUCCACAAACCAAAAUGCCUGCAGAAGGGACUCAUUUAGGGAGUGGCAAAUCUCGCAGUAGAGGCUGUAAUGGGCCCCUGACACACCAGCUGCUGCACAGAGUUCUGAGGUCACCUGCAGAGCCAGCCUCACCCAGCAGAGUCCCUCCUGCCUUUCACUGAAGCUACUGCCUGUACAAGGGCAUUCAAUCUUCUCCUCUGGCUCACACCUGCACUGAUGGAUGCACAGGCUCCUCUUCUCUGUGGAGAUGUAUCUUGCUGGGUCACAUAAAGCAGCAGCUUUUCGGCUCCUUUUGCUGCUUGUUCUUUUUGGUCUUGUUUAGAGAGAGGCAGCAGUAAUCCUUGAGGGAAUUGCUGUCACUUGGAAGCGCCAAGCUGGCUGUGGGGCUAAUCUCAGGGUUAUGCAGGAAGCCAUUGCACUGUGCAGAGAUCUAUUUCCUUUCCCUGGAGACGGUCCCCACAGCUGCUCAGAGCCUGUCUGAGCAGGGCAUCCGCACCAGCACAAACCAAGCUUGCUGCCCUUGACCACCUUCAGCUCCUCGGGAGCAUGCUGUGUCCUAGCUCUGCCUACCAUGUAAAACCUUCUGGAUCCCAGCUGCCCACGGCUUGGCUGGCCACACAGCCGGACAACAUAUGGGACAAGCAGAUGUGAGGGGGAAAGGAACAGAAGAUGUUGGGUCUGGAGGAGGCCAGCAGCCUUGGCUGAGCCCUGGCAAUGGACCUGAAAUACUAGGAGGCAAAAUGUUCCUUCCACAGAAGAUUGCUGUAUAUAUGAAAGGAAACCUCUUCUCUCACCACCUUCCAGAAUUUAUCACUGGCCCAUAGCAGGCCCCUGUCCAGAUUGAGUCUGAUGUAAGGGACCUGUCUAUCUGGUCACACACAUUCUUAGCCAGACACCGCUGAUCUCUCCAGGAAUAACACAUUGGGCAAGGAUCAUUCGCAAACAGCUUGGAUUUAUAUUGUACCUGCAGGCAGGGUUCCCAAAUGUACACACCAGCCCAUUUUCUAGCCUUUAGUAUGGGAUAGCAACUGAUCAGAUUUCAGCCUCUUGUAAUGUCACUCUUCCCACUUUUUGCUAAAGAACUGGAGUGGAAGCUGGGACUCAACUUUGAUAACAAGCAGAAAACACUGUGAGGCAUCUUCAUACAUCAAAAGGAGCCAGUUGCAAAUCUCCUCCCCUGAUAGCGAUCCCCCUGCUUUGGAGGCAAAAAGGAAAGGAGAUUCCCCAAAGCCAGUGAUGUUGGGUAAAGGGUUGGCAAAUAAAGGUAUCUGCUUAAUCCCCAAGCAGAGGUGUGGAGGGGAAUCAGAUGGAGGGGGCUUUAUCCUCAUCAGCACAACCUCCUUUCAGCAGACAGAGAUAUAUAGAGUUUAAGGCCAGAAUGGUCCACUAAGAUCAUCUAGUCUGGCCUCCUGCAUAACACAGGCCUGAGAACCUCACCCAGUAAUUUCAGUAACAAACCCAUAACUUCUGUUUGAGCUAGAGCAUAUUUGUUUAGAAAGGUAUCCAGUCUUGCAUUAAUGUUAAGUGAUGGAGAACCCACCACAACCGUAGGUACAUUGUACUAAUGGUCAGUUGCCCUCACUGUGCAAAUCUGUACCUUAUUUCUAGUAUGAAUUUGUCUAGCUUCAGCUUCCAUCCACUGAUCUCAUUAUGCCUCAUUAAAGACCCAUUUACUGUCAGAAAUCUCUUCCCCCUUGUAGGUACUUGUAGACCAUCAUAAAGUCACCUAUGAACCUUCUCUUGGAUAAACUAAAUAGAGCUGCUCUAGACUCUCACUGUAAGGCAGCUUUUCUAGACCUCAAGGCAUUUUUGUAGCUCUUUAUUGAAUAUUUUCCAAUAUCUGAACAUCCUUUUUUAAGCACUGACAUGCUGUAUACAGAGGUAAGACCUCACCCCUGCUCCUGCUUGAUAUUACCCUCUUUAUAAAUCUAAGGAUUACAUUCCCCCUCUUAGCUACAGCAUCACGUUGGGCACCCACGUUUGGUUUAUCUACCAUGACCACUAAGGGUAUGUUUAUGCAGCAAAAAAACCCUCUGCAGCAGUGAGUCUCAGAGCCCAGGUCGACUGACUGGGGCUUGUGGGACUUGUGCUGUGGGGCUAAAAAUAGCCAUGUAGCCAGUGAUGAGCUGCCAAAAUAU